AUGGCGCAUGCUCGUUAUGCGCCUGAUCCUGCCCAAUUUGAGAUUGCCUUUCUGUGUGUUCUACUAGAAGAGCGGAACGCGAUCGCAUUAGCCUUGGACGGCCAAUACGAGAGAUCCGGGAUUGUCUAUCCAAGGGGAAGCGGCGACACAAACGCCUACACAACUGGAUGGAUUGGCAACUACGACGUUGUGAUCGUGUACCUGCCUGGCGUGGGGAAUAUUGGGUCGGCCGCGGCUGCUGCAAGUAUUCCCAGGACGUUCCCGGGGAUCAAACUUGCCAUUGUCGUCGGCGUCUGUGGGGUCAAUCCUCACGCUCGCAACAAUAACGGACAAGAAGUUGUCCUCGGCGAUGUCGUUGUUAGUACCACAGUGCUCAGGUCAAGUUAUGGGCACCAAUACUCCGACGCAUUUGCUUUGGGGCGAGAAGAGGACACACUGCGUUUAGCGCCGCUCGCAAUACGUACCUUUCUGCGGCAGCUCGAGACAAUCAUUGUCAUUCAAAACUUGGAACAGAAAACCGCCCUUUACAGCGAGAAAAUCCUGGACCGUGGUCUGAGGCCACGCGGCCAAUACCCGGGACCCGAAAACGACAUCCUAUUCGAUCCGGAAUAUCGACACAAGCACUGGGUCGAGGAUGAGUGUGAGACCUGUGCUCAUUGCCAGCACCGUACUCACCAAGUCUGCUCGCGUGCCCUGCGAGCACCGUGCUCCGAGCUUGGUUGUGAUAUGCGGUAUCUGGUUCCCCGACAGAGGCUACGGCUUGCCUCGGGCUUUCGCCCCGAUGGUACCCCUAUACGAGAUAGGGGCCAGGUUGAACGUGCUCGACAGCCUUCUAUCUGGUUCGGGAAAUUCGCAUCCGGCGAGUCGGUCAUGAAAAGCGCAUAUCACAGGGAUCAGCUGGUUGAGCAGCACGGCGUGAUGGGAUUUGAGAUGGAAGGCGCAGGGUCUUGGGACUACAUUCCUACGAUCAUCGUCAAGGGCGCAUGCGACUAUGCCGAUAGCCACAAGAACAAAGUCUGGCAGCAGUACUCGGCCAUAACGGCCGCCGCAUGUGCGAGAGCGAUAGUCGAACAAUGGAGAUCCGAUUCGGUAAGAGAGACCCCUGCAAUUCUAGAUACAAUCAAGGAUAUUCCCCGGGUUAUGGAGGCCUGCUUUGACUCGCAGAAGCUGCAGGACAUUCAAACAUGCCUGACAAACACAAGAGUUGCCCUCCUUGAGGAGGUUUACCAGUGGGCCAUGCGUCCCGACAGCCAGCCGGUUUUCUGGAUCCAGGGUGUAGCUGGGACGGGGAAGACAACCAUUGCGAAAACAAUUGCGGAGACUUUACAGAAGGAGGAAUCCCUGGGUGGAAGCUUCUUUUUCUCCCGACAAGGUGGCGACCGUCGAAACGCGGAAAAAUUCUUUGGCACACUUGCCUACCAGCUGGCGAUACGUGCAUUUCCGGCUCAUCAUCCCAUGGUGCAAUUUCGGUCUCUUGUGCACGAAGCCAUCAAGUCCCACCCGGACAUUUUCGGCAAAGCCUAUAGGGAGCAAUGGGAGCAGCUUAUCCUGCACCCAAUGUUGCAAUUGGAUCAGCGGAAUGCUUCCCCGCGGUGUGAAUUCGUGAUCUUCGUGAUAGACGCGGUCGAUGAGUGUGAGCCAAAUACCGAUGUCAGCUUGAUACUCGAGCUUUUGAUCCAGGCGUCGAGGUUGAAGACAUUCCAUCUGCGAUUUCUGCUGACAGGGCGACCUGAGGAGUGUAUACAUUACGGAUUCCGCCGCCUCGGGCACCAUCUGGAUCAGAUAAUUCUCCACCAGAUCGAAUCCAGCGUGGUCAACACCGAUAUACGAACCUUCGUCGAGCACGAGUUUGCCAUGAUUCAAGAGCAGCACCGUUGGCGAGGAUGGUACACACAUGAUCAGAUUGAGGCUGUUGUUGCAAAGUCUGCUGGUCUCUUUAUUUACGCUGCCACAUUGUCUCGGUAUCUUAAAAAGUCACUCUACCCACAUAAAGCACUGACCCAGUUUCUUACUCGCGACUCCUCGUCAAUGCCCCACCUAAGCCAGAUGUAUACCCUUAUUCUCGCUCAGUCAGCUCCAGGACCCUCAGAGGAGGCUAUUGACGAUACCGAGCGGGAAUACUACCGGAUUAUCGUAGGAUCAUUUGCUGUCCUGUUUGACACAUUGUCUGUUAACUCAGUGCACCGAUUGUUAGCCAGUGCCUGGACGUUCGCAGAACCGGCCAACGGCCCGGCGGAUAUUGAGGCAACUCUUGUGCGACUAGGAUCAGUCAUUGACAUUCCCUAUGAUAGUCACGGCAAUGUGGAUAGUGAUACUCCAAUUCGUAUUUUCCACCCCUCAUUUCGUGAGUUUCUCUUGGACGAACGGCAGCCCCCACUACAGGACUUGCAACUGGACUCUAGUGCUUUACACGAAGGCCUACUCAAUGGAUGCGUCAACCUUAUGAACAGAUGUCUUCGAAGGAACAUGUGUCGACUUCCUGUGCCUGACUUUGACCCCAGCACGCUAUCCCGGGAGGUUUUGGAAUUUUACAUCCCACACGAGGUCCAGUAUGCGUGCAAAUACUGGAUUGCCCAUGCGGAAAAACUUUCCAGACGAAGCCUCGAACUGGCCCUCGUUAACGGGGGCGCUGUGCAUCGGUUCCUUGAGAAAACUUCGCUAUAUUGGAUUGAGGCUAUGGGUCUUUUGGGUCUCGUCCCGCAAGCCGUGGCUAGCACUGUUAUAUUAAAAUCCUUGACAAACGAUUUUGAAAACAGUAGCAACAGCUCGGACCUUGUUAGGGAUCUUCAGCGCUUCCUUGUAACGCAUCGGAUGAUCAUCGCCGAUGCACCCUUGCAAAUCUACUGUUCUGCGCUGUUAUUCUGCCCUGGCAGCAGUAUCAUGAAAAGGUUGUUCGCCAACGACCUCCCGAGGUGGCUACUAAGGCCACCCGAUGUUGCUCAAUCCUGGCCGGCAGCGAUCACAUACGAAGCGGGAUCAUUUGUCAACAGUAUCGACUUCACCUUGGACGGUAAAAUACUCGUUUCCGGAGGCCUCAACGGCUUACUGUCCUUCUGGGACACCGAGACCGGGUUUCUCAAGGAAACGAUUCAUACCAAGUUUGAAGGGAUCAUGUCCAUUGCCCUUCUCCACGGCACAAAUCGGGUUAUUGUAGGAUCUUACCGGAAAGUGUCCCUGUAUGACACUAUCACUGGGCUUGAACUAAGCACGCAGGACGAACCAACUGAUACUCUAGUGCACCACAUGAGUGUUUCCCAUGACAGUAAACUCAUUGCCACCGCUCGCACUCAGAUUGGGAUCUGGGAUGCUGACCUGUCAUGUUUACAACAUGUCCUGACUGGAUACACGGAUGGAGUAACCUGUCUUUCUUUCUCCCCCAACAACGAAAGUGUUAUAGCUGGAAGCUCUGUUGGCUUGAUCCGUAUAUACUGUUGUGCUACGGGCGCACUCCAACGCACUCUCGAAGCUCAUGUAGGGGAUGUGCGCUCUGUGUCGGUAUGCCCUGCCCGCGAGUCCUACGCAACCGCCGACCGCGAAAGCAUACAGAUACGGGAUGCUUCCGAGCAUCAACUCCUUCGAAGAAUCGAUUUUACAGCAUCCCGGAACCCGCUAAUCGCGCUCUCACCAGAUGGUACGCGAUUAGCAGGUGAAUGCAAUUACUCGGAUAUCCGGAUAUGGGAUAUGAACAUUGCGUCUGCCUUCUGCACUCUGAAGCCCAGGGCGGGAGGUAUCCAUCAGUUGAAAUUCUCAUCGGAUUCUCGUCUCCUUGCCUCAGCGUCCGCACAAGGGGUGAAAAUCUGGGACCUGACACAAACUAUAUCCGUGGAUGGAUUCGACUUUCAGGCUAGUGCACUGGGAAGUAUGAAAAUUUCCCCGGAUGGUACGAUGCUUGCCUCGUUCUCUUCCAAUUCGACACUUGAAGUAUGCAGCCUCGCGAGCAGAUCGGCGACCCCUGUUUUGUCAGUCGAUGAGGAUAUUUUCACUGACAUAGCCUUCGCACCUGAUGGGUGUCUCCUAGCCGUUUCCUCGCUGGAUUCGGUGCGAGUGUUAGACACUAGGAAUUGGCACCUGCACAGCUUUUGGGCGGGCCUGGACGACCCAUGUACUCUGUCAUUCUCGGCAGACGGCAAACAUCUUGCAGUAGCAGGUGAUUCGGGUGUUGAGAUCUGGGACACCCAAAACGGGGAGCUAGUAGCAACUCCAAGUCUCCGAGGCAUUGAAUAUGUUGAUGUGGUAGCUUUCGCCCCAAGUGGCCAAUGCCUAGCAUUUGUGAACUGGGAAUCGCUAUACGUCGUUGAUCUGGAGGAUGAGGAGCGAUAUAAUUUUCCCAUGGGCCGCUUUGGCCAAAUCAAUGCCAUGUCAUUUUCUCCAGACGGCGUCUACAUAGUGUGUCGAAAUACGGAUGGGGAAACGAAAGCAUUUCGCCUACCAAGGGAAUCGGCGCAACCGGGCGUAUGGAUGUUGGAGGACGUCCCCGACAACUUUCUUAUCGCUCCAAGAACGUUAAUGGGAGGCAGGGAGGCUAGGUGGGCCAUUAGAGGCCGUUGGAUCACGUUUUCCGGCCAGGCAAUCAUGUACCUCCCGGAUGAUCGACUGGUCAGGCACUGUGAUGUCUUUGGAGACACCAUUGCAAUUGACUCAGCUUCCGGUCACCGUACCAUCCUUCAGUUCCGGACCUUGGAUGAAUAUGUGCUGGACUUGGACAGUUCUGAAUGA